GCCUCUCGCGCAUCAAAAGGCGGUCGUCUGCUGCUCGAGCUUGGUCGUCUGCUACGGCUUGGGUUCUAGGCGAAAUGGUUACGAGUAUCAAGGAAAUUUACCGGAGAAUGUUUCACUCGUAAAGCAAGAGGAUGACGAUUUGAUGCUAAGUACAGUUUAUUGCAACAUUCUCUGUACUUCGGCAUACAUUUGUGAAUGAUAUAAAUUGCGAGCAGUGGAUUCUUCCGUGUUUUAAAGUAAAAUAGUUCACCCCCACCAAGAAAUAGAUUGAGCUACGACGAUGUAAAGAUGGCGGAUGACGAGAAGGAAGAAGUGGUUCUCGAAGAAGAAAAUGCCGAGGCAGAUGUGACUGGGGAUGUUUUUUUGAAUGGGGAAGCAAAUGGCGAUGCAGCUUGCAGAGCAGAUGAGGACGACGAGGAGGAGGACGAAGACCAUAAUGCGUUUUGUGAUAAUGUGUCUGGUUCUGUUUUGCCACGACGUAGCAGUCUAAUGAAGAAGGACGCUGCUAACAAACGGCCUCUACGGAAAAAGACAGUCUCAUUUACAUCGAUGGAUAAAAAAAUUGCAACAUCGCAAGACUGUUUGGCUUACAUGCAGAAUGGGAGCGAACUUGUCAAGGUGCGAUCCAACAGCCGCCAAUAUCAUCGCUUCUUUUCCCUCAGCAGCGACGUUUCCGAAAUCCGCUGGCAACCCACUUCCAAGAAACCACACAAAGCCAGAAUCGCUGGUAUCGUCCGUCAAAGAGAUUCGCCAGGGAAAAACAACCGACGCUCUACGGAACAAGGAGAUCGCGGGCAUGUAUCCAGAUGAGUGCGCCUUUUCCAUCAUCUUCGGGGACGACUUUGAAACCCUGGACCUGAUCGCCAACACUCCGGACGAAGCCAACAUUUGGGUUACAGGGCUAACUUGCCUUGUCAAUGCCAGCACAAAGUCAGCAGCUAACGUUAUGGACCAGAACGAGCGGGUGCGAGACUCAUGGCUGUUGGAACAGUUUGAACGAGCGAAUCCAGAUCAGCAUGGAUUGCUGCAUGAAAGCGAGGUGGUUUCAUUGAUGCGUAACAUCAACCGAACCAUCACUACUGCAGUCAUCUGCCAAAAACUUAAGGAACUUGAAAUGAAAAGAGCUGACGGCAAAAGGGGACGAUUAAACAGCGAAGAAUUCAUUUCCCUCUUCAAAGAAAUAUCGACACGACCAGAAAUUUACUUUUUGCUUGUACGGUACGCAAGCAAUACAGACUACUUGUCCACAGACGACUUGUUACUAUUCCUGGAAGCAGAACAAGGGAUGCAGAGGGUGACCAAGGAAAAGUGCUUGGACAUCAUCAGCCAGUUUGAGCCCUCUAAAGAGGGUAGAAAACGAUGUCAGCUAGGCAUUGAUGGCUUUACUGCCUACCUUCUGUCAGAGGAAUGUGAUCUCUUUGACCCUGAACAUCUGACAGUGUGCCAGAACAUGAACCAUCCACUUACCCAUUACUUCGUUGCCUCCUCACACAAUACGUAUUUGAUGGAGGACCAGUUAAAGGGACCUUCAAGUAUAGAGGGAUAUGUUCGUGCACUUAGGAAAGGCUGUCGGUUUGUAGAGCUGGACUGCUGGGAUGGCCCAAAUGAGGAGCCUGUCAUUUAUCAUGGUCAUACGCUGACAACAAAAAUCUCCUUUAGAUCUGUCAUUGAAACAAUCAACGAAUAUGCAUUUGAAGUUUCAGAAUACCCUGUGAUUCUCUCCAUAGAAAACCAUUGCAGUGUCAAACAGCAGCAGGUGAUGGCACACUGCAUGACAGAGGUCUUUGGGGACAAACUUUAUCUCAAUUCUGUUGAUGAAAAGCAGACCUCGCUACCUUCUCCUGAGUCCCUGAAAGGACACAUCUUAAUAAAAGCUAAAAAACUGCCUGCAGAAACAGAUACCAAUGAGGGAUAUGUUACUGAUGAAGAUGAAGGAGCUGAACCAGAAAAAAAGCGCAACAGUAAAAGAGAAGGUUCAGUAAAAAAACAUAAGCUUGCCAAGGAGCUGUCAGAUGCAGUGAACUACUUUGUCUCAAGACGCUUUGAUGACUUUCACUCAUGUCAGCAGAAGCAGAAGUACUGGGAACUGAACUCGCUGAGUGAAUCACAGGCUUUGAAGCUAGCAAUAUCACAUGCCGAGGAGUUUGUCAACCACAACAAACGCUACCUAUCACGUGUCUACCCCAACAGUAUGCGGGUAGAUUCCAGCAACUUCAACCCACUUGACCUCUGGACUUGUGGCUGUCAGAUAGUAGCAUUAAACUACCAGACUGCUGGCCUCAUGAUGGAUUUAUACAACGGGUGGUUUUUGAAAAAUGGGGGCUGUGGCUAUGUGCUCAAGCCAGCUAUCAUGAGGGAAGAGAUUGCCUACUUUAGUGCCAACACGCGUGAUGCCAUCCCUGGAGUUUCACCACAAAUUCUACAUAUAAAGAUCAUAAGUGGACAGAACUUCCCCAAGCCCAAAGGAUCGGCUGCCAAAGGAGAUGUAACAGAUCCGUAUGUGACUGUUGAGGUCUUUGGCAUUCCCUCAGACUGUGCUGAAGAAAGGACAAAAACUGUGCCCCACAAUGGAUACAAUCCCAUUUUUGAUGAAAGCUUUGAGUUCCAAAUCAACUUGCCGGAAUUAGCGCUGGUUCGCAUUGCAGUGUUGGAUGAUGAUUACAUUGGUGAUGAGUUUAUUGGACAGUACACUAUUCCAUUUGAAUGUAUGCAGACAGGUUACCGACAUAUACAGCUGCUGUCCAAUACAGGCAACCCCAUGCCCAACUGUACCCUGUUCGUCCAUGUGGCCAUCACCAACAAGCGUGGUGGAGGGAAGGCUUACAGACGAGGCAUGUCUGUCAAGAAAAUCAAAAGAUCACGGGACUAUGCCAGCAUGAAGACAGUUGGGGUUAAGUCCAUUGAUGAGACAUUCAGGGUGGCUACCACACCUCUGCGUGAGGGUGCUGAUCUUCGUGAUGGUGUGCUGGUGGCUCUUGCAAACUUCAAAGAAGCUUGUGGCUUAUCAGCUAUUUCUAACAUCAAACAAUGCAUCCGUCUUCUUUCAACCCGUAUUGCUAAUUCUGGUGACCAUGCAACCCUCAAUUACGUAAUGCAUGGGGAGUGGCCAUACUUGGAAGCCCAGGGAAAUCUGCCAGAGAUUCUCAAAAAGGCUUUGUCUUCCUUUGAAGAGCUAAUUCAGGAGUGCAAGAACAUAAUAGAGAAUGCAGACAUUGUUUAUGAAAAGCUGCUGCAUUGUCAGCAAGCCGGUCUGGAGUGGCAUGAAGACCUGGAUAAUGUCUGUCAGGUGGCAGGGCUCAGGGGACGCAAGCUAGCCAAGGCUGUUGAGAACUUUGCUUGGAACAUCAGAGUUCUUAAAGGUCAAGCUGACCUGCUGUCUCAGGCCAAAAAGGACUGCAUUGAGUAUAUCAGGCAGAUUAAGGAAGCAGCAAUUUCUACUGGCCUGGACAAGGACAAAGAGAUAGGAAUAUGUGAUCCUGUGUCCCCUGCUGAACUUGGGGGAGAGAAUGGCAUGGUUGAUCCAGAUGAUGUUCAAAUGAGCCAAGCAGGAAGAAGCUAGGUUGUAGUCUUUCAGAGACAUUUUUAUUGAUGACGAUUCCAUCACAGUGGGGGGAGCAGUGGUUAUAUUUAUGGACAAUACUGCUGAGACCUUUUAGAUCAGCUAAGGAUAUAACAUGGAUAUCACCAGCCUGCAAAACUGUCCAACAUGAUUUAGCAUGUGUACACCCUCAUGCAGGAAACCUGCAGCCAGUACAUUUUUAAUGCUUGCAGUGUGGUAACAUCCUGCAUGUGAUUAAAUGAACCGUCCGGGGCACUAUAAAGAGACUGUGCAGCAUGCAUGACUAUGAUUUGUGGAAACAUCACCUGAAAUGACUGGGAAGUCCCCCAGGUGUGUGAGUAGAGGGAUGUUCCUUCUAGCUGUGCAGUUGAAAGUGCAUAAUUGCAGUGGGCUUGACAUGCAGGAUGAAGGAUGAGGAAGAGUUGGGAAUGGGUUUUCCAACACUCAAACAUGAGGAAUCUCAUCACCUGCAUUAUAGUCGUAGCAUGAAUGUGUCUGUCUGGAUUCAAACCAUCUAGAAUUUUGUGCUGGUUGAACUAUUUUUCUCUGCAUGUCUUUUUUUUUAAAUCUGUCCUCCAGCAGGCAUAUAAAUACAGCAUCAUUCAUCUCACAGGUGUGUAAGGCAUAAGAAAAUGCCCUUGUGCCUUUGACACACCAUGACAGUAAUAGCCUGUGUAGUUAAUGCCACCUCUCAAAUAUCUUGAUUGUAGAUCAUAGUGCAAGAUCAGGAUGUGUCAUGCUGUCUCUGGGUCAUUUAAUUGUACAUCAGUUGCACCUGUUGCAAAAGAUAAAAAGGCAGGGGUUGUUGAGGCAUUCUGGCAAUUGCUUUGCUGACUGCCUUAGAAAAGAAUCUCUGGUCAUGGCAGCCAACAAGCCAGGAGGUAGAAAUCCAUAGAUUUGUUUUGCCGUAAGGCCACUAUUAUGUGAUAUGCUUGAUGGGGCAGUGGAUUUGGAAUGUUUUGUUACCCACUGUCACCUCAGGCUUGAUUGUUUACAACUGUUUUAAGAUGUGCCUGUGAUUGUAUUGUCAGUGGAAGAGCAGCUUUAGGAAACA